GUUCUAGCCAUUUUUUAAAAGAAAUUUACAUAUGAAAACAAUCAGUGUCAAAUUAGUCAAGUGUCUGUGUCAUUCUCUACGUAUUCGACGUUUUUAAAUUCAAUGUAAACUUUUCAAAAUUCUAUAAUGUACAAUCUGUUUUCACGUAAUAUAUCAAAAUCUAACUGUCCCAUUGCGAAUAUAUCACACAUAUACAAUACUCUGUCUCUCAAAUCACCAUUUAAUAUAAAAAUAUCCUUGUUUGAGUCGAUCACAAACAUCAUCAAGUCUAUUCAGGAGGAUAAUGCUGAAGCAAGGGUGAAGAAAGUAAUGUCAAAAGAGUUUUUUAAAUUUGUGAUGAAGGAUUAUAAUUGCCAGAUAAUGAACCGUUCCAUAUUAUUUGUACCUUCAAGAGAAGCAAUCCAGAUCAUGUUUCCUUCAACUUCAUCAAAACAUUUUUAUUUAUCUACCAUUAAUAAAAAAAAAAUGGAUCCGAACACUUCGAAUUUUGUUGUUUACAAUAAGAUAUUGCAAGACUUUUUGAAGAGCAAUUUUGAAAAGAUGAGGACAGGGGAAUUUUUUAACGGUUCCAGUUAUAUGACAAAAUUUGGUCGUAGUUCACGAAAUUCUAAUGUAGUUGAAGAAUAUUUAGAAACGAGAACAAUUAGAAACAAGGAUUUAACUGAAAAUUUACAUCACUUACAAAAAGAUCGAAAACAAUCAAUAAAUACAAAUCAGCAAUCCCAGCAACACGAAAUAUGUACACAACAAACAGAACAAAAACCAGAUAUUGGUAUGGUACAAGAGCUUAAAAAUUAUCCCCCAAUUCAAAUACCUUUAAUAGUAGAACAGUUUCCAGUAAAUCAAAAACUAAAUUUCUCACCUGUUAAGAUACCAAAAUUUACAUGCACCAGAAGAUAUUUAAAGAAAAGCGACAAAGAUCCAAAAAGAAAUAAAAUACCAUCUCAAAUAUGUAAAGAUGCCAAACCAAAAAAGAAAUCCUCAAACGAAAAAAAAAUUCCAGCUCAAGAAUGCAAAGACAAGGUUGCUUCUAAGAAAGCCAAAAGAGAUGCUUCGACGUUUGUUCGAUAUAUGAACACAAGAUUAGCAACUCCAGAAAUUAAGACGAAAAAAUUGAAGAUAAUUGUAUCCCGUCACAAGUUUACUAAAAAUAUAGCAAAUAAAAAUAAACUUAAAAGUUAUAUUGAACCAGUAAAGCAAUAUAUGAAAGUGUUAAAGAUGAAAAGUGAAAUUAAAAUUAAAGAUAUUAAAAAUCACAUAACACAAAAUUUAAAUGAUUUAAAAAACAAUCCGAAAGAAUAUUUGAAAUCAAUAUUAUUGGAGCAACCAGAAAAAGAAAUUUUCGAAGAGAAAAGUAAAACUGUUAAUUUAGAAAAAAAGGAAGUGGUUAUCCAACCAAAGAAACUAAAUAAUUCUACUUUUUUUAAAAUCCCACCAGUUGAUAAGAAACCUCUAAUAGAAAAAAUGAAAGAUUCUUUAGAAACAUCUAUAGAGACUGAUUUUAAGCAAACUUUUGGUGAUUCUUUCAAAGAGUGUAAAUCUAAAAUUACUCUGAAAGCGCUUGAGAAUUUAACUAAAAAAGAAGCCGCUAUACAGCUUCUUAUUGAUAAAGGGCCAGUUUUGUCAGAAAAUCAUUUAUUUAAAAACGAAAAGCAAAAUAAAAAGAAAGCAGUUCCUGAUGAAGCAUUUUUGAAAAAGAAUUGGCUGUUAUCAAAAGACAGUUAUUGUGGCGAGGUAGCUAAGAAAAGUUGGUUUCCUGUAUCGUUGGAAAUAAAUCAACGCACUCAGAGGAAAGCUCAAGAAAAAUCUGAAAUGCUAUUUAAGAAUAUGAGUAAAAUCACUAGACUAAUUCAGCUUGAAACCAAAAAGAAUGAGUGGCUUGGCGAGGUUGAAUUUAUUUCUUCACAAGAAAAAGAAGAGUCUAAAUUAAAAAAUCGUUCAAAACGUCCCGUUUCUACAAAACAAGAAUUAAUAAAGAAAAUAUCCAAAGAUAAUAAAUAUAAGACCAAAAACGAAGAUAUUUCGCUACAAAUAAAUGAAGAUACCGCUUUUAUAGGAAAGAGAAAGCCAGAGAAAUUCGAAAGACCAUUCAUAACACCUAGCCAUGUACCUCCUCCGAAAAAAGAAGAAGAAGAUAAGAAGAAAAAAUUCCCUCCACCCUCUCCCAAAGGUAGGAUGAUUCUACCUCCAAGAAAUGUGUCUGAUAAUCCAAAAUUAGCUACAGAUAUUAAAGAAUUGGAACGCGAUCCUAAAAUUAAAGAUAAGAAGCUAAAACAUCAAGAUAAUAUGUCGAAUAAUGAAGAUGUUAAAGAAUUGAAACAACAACCUAAAGAAGUAAUAAUAGAGAAAAAAUCUAAAGUGGAAAUAUUUACACAUUUACCCAGAAAAUCAAAAGACAAAUUAGUGUAUGCAAAAGAUUCCGAUUUGAAGAAACUGAUUACGUUAGAAGAUAAAGAACACCUUCGAAAUAAUUUAAGAUACAUUCUUACCUUAAUAGAAGAAUUGGAUAUAGAAUAUAAAGAUGGUUCUGAUGAAAAUUUGAUAAAACAAUCAAAAGAAAUGGAUAAGAUGGAUAAAAAACCACCAAAUGAACCUAAAUUGAACAAUUCAAAUUCAAAAAAAAUUUAUACUUUGACCAAACUUCCCCCAUUAAAAGAUAAAAAUUUUCCUGAUCGUAAAACACAACAAAAAGCUGAUAAUGAACGUUUAGACUCUUCUAUAGAAAACACAAAGUCAAAAUGUUCAUCUGUUAGUAAAAUUUUAGAAACUUCACAAGACAAACAGUUAAGAGACAAAAAUGAACCAAAAUUGAACAAUUCAGAUUCAAAAAAAGUAGAUACUCUGGCCAAACUUUCCCCAUUAACAGUUCCUGCACAAGAACAAGAUUUUUCUGGUUGUAAAAUACCACAAAACGCUGAUAAUGAAAGUUUAAGGUCGUCUAUAGAAAAUACAAAGACUUCACAAGACAAUUCAAAAGUAAAAUGUUCCCCUAAUAAAAAUUUUGAUAAAUCUGCUGCUUUUAGUCUCAUGGAUUUUUAUCAUUUAGAUGAAGAGACCACCUCAAACGAAACUCCAGUCCAGAAACCUAUCUUGGAAGAAAAGAAUCCAGAAUCGAGUCUUAUGCAUUUUUAUUUAUUAGAUGAAGACGAUAGAAUUCCAGAAAAAUCUGUUGAUGAUCCUAAACCAUCAGGAUUUCGAGAAACUAAAGGUGUAUUGUUAGAAAAACCAAAAAAUAAAGCUACUUUUCCAAAAACGAAGAAUAUAAAAACAAUAUUACCAGGAGAGAUCAACAAAGAAGGAUUUAAAACAAAUACAUUCAACAUAAAAGAGUAUGAAGGAAUCAAAGAAACGAAGCAAGGAAUAAUAAUUGAAAAACAAAAGAACAAAUCAAAGAAUGAAAGUUUUAAGAAAUUAAUUGAAAGUAAAGGAGAUGAAGAAAAAUGUAAAAGUAGUAAAAGUAAUAAACCAGCUCCUCAACAGAAAGAUUUAGAGAAAUUUGUCACACCAGAAGAAUCAGUAGCAAAUGAAAAUAAUUACGUCGAAGAAAAAUAUAUUUGCAAUUUUCCUAAAACCGAAAAAUUGCUUUCUUACAACCACGGUGUCAAAUUAAUCUUCGGUGGUUGUUAUGAACAACAUGCAAAAUACUUAACAGAAGAAACUGAUGUAUGUUGGAAAUGCCAUAGCAUAAUUGAUACUACACUAACUUCUGAUAAAGACGAUGAUAUCCCUCCAACGAAAAUAAAAAGCGACAAAGACAAAGAGAAGCAAUUAAAAAAGAAAGAACGUAACUCCAAAGAGAAAGAAACUACUGACGAUCAAACUAUAAAAAUAAAAAACGAAAGGAAAAAAAGAAUGAAAGCACCCAUUACAAUAAAAGAAGAUCCACAAAAAACACCUCUUGUAACUGUUAUGUAUUCUAAAAAAAAUAAUAAGACAAGCAAACGUGAAAAAGUUGUAUACAAAGUUAAUAAAAAGAGAACCAGUAGCAAUAGAGGUAAAAUAAGAAGUAGAAAAAAGAAGAAGUUAAAAAGAAGAAACAUAAUUCUAUUCUUACUCAAGGACGAAAUUAAAAGAAACGAAGAUUGGCAGGCACAAAUAAUGGAUAGAUACAUGAGUCCUAAUGAAAGAGUAGAUCAAGCACUCAAUAAAUAUAAAUUCAAUACACCAACAGAAGUUUCGAAUGAUUUUAACACCAUACCAUCAGUUGAUCUGGAAAUGAAUGAAAGAAAACGUACCAAACAGAGAGUAGCGGAUAGUUUUCAUAAAAACCUACAAAAAACGUUGUUUAAUUCCAAACGGGUUGCUAAAACUAAAUCCGAAAAAGAAAAGAAAGUAACUGGUAAAGAUGAUGAUAAACACGAAAAGAAUUCUAUGUUAGCCGAUAAUGAAUCUAAAUCCGCGUCUACUUACGAAUCAGAACAUAAUUAUGAUAACUUAUCGAAUAGUGAUAAAACUAAUAUUAUAAACAACGAUAAUGAUAGUAAUUUAGAACCAAAAUCUAUGCAUGAUUGUGUAUCGCCCGUAAAUAUUAGCCUUUUUAUGAAAUAAUAUAGGUUUUAUUAAGAAAUUUUUAUUAAUUUUUUUUAUGUUUUUGACUUUUAACUAGAGCAAAUAAAAGACACAUUCCUUGAG